UCUUAGACUAAUACAAAAUGAUUAUUAUAUUAUAAUCCCUUCUCUAGUUUGAUACGUCAUUCGAUUGUUAGAAAAAUAAAGUGAAAUUAAACUUCAGUUACUUCGGUAUAUAAUUGUUUUUUUUUUUUAUCUAUUUUGAUAUCAUUCUUCUAAAGAGAUUCCAAGUCGUGUUGGAGCACAUCAGUGUUCUUGAAGUCUUAAAUAAAUUUUAACGUUUUGUGCGUGUGUCAAUGGUUUAUGUAAGAUAAAAUGAAUCGGCCUAAAGAUAUGGCCUCAACGAGCCAGCGAUCUUGUGAAAAUGUUUUCGUUUCGCCAUCAACAUCGUCAACGCUACCCUAUCUUCAGGUGAAUUUUCAGGGUUCUUGUUUUUCUGGAAAUUUAGACUCUACCUGGAAUCACAGGUGGCUUUGGAAUGACUUAUCAAAUUUUUGCAACAUAUCGACAUCACGUAAUUCUUUCAACGAAAUUAAUCAGUUUCCACCUUACACCGUGAAUGCCGAUACAAACGAAAAUAAUCGAAUAAACAGAUGGGAGCAUUAUUCUCGCCAAGGUGUCGAUAUUAAUGAACACGAUGCAAUUAAACGGUCGACUGAAGAAGAAUAUUCAAACUUUAUGGACGAAACCCAGAAUUUUACUUCCGAGAAAACUCAAAGUCGUCAAAUCACUGCAACGACAAUAUUCCAUACAUGGGAAGUUCCACUUUGUCAAAACACUAUAGAGAACAUUGAAAGUGAAAUAAUGUAUCAUUCAUCGCAAGAUUUACAGAGUACGAGCACCACUAAUACUUCCUUUGAAAAUGAAACUCGUCGUACAUCGGAAGAAUUUGGGACCAAAAGAAUAGCCAGUGAUAAGCCUCGGAAAGAAAGAACAUCAUUUACAAAGCAACAAAUUCGACAUCUUGAGCAUGAAUUCGCUCAUAGCAAUUACCUCACACGGCUCCGACGUUAUGAAAUAGCCGUUGCAUUAGAUUUAACAGAACGCCAGGUGAAAGUUUGGUUUCAAAAUAGACGAAUGAAAUGGAAACGAACAAAAUGUGGGUUAGAAAAUGGACAGGGAAAGCUCAAUGUCUUGUGACAAAUUAUUUUACUAAUAUAAAAUAUUUUUACAG